AUGGGUAGUGGAGGUGGAAAAAGAGAAUUCACCGUGGUUCGUAACUUUCUUGCAGCAAAAGAAAAGCACCUGCAACGUCCUGAAUGUUUUUCUUUUCUUUCCACGGAUGAAGGCUUGUCCAUCGAAACGGGUGAGAAGAUCAGUCUCAAAAGAAAAGCCGAAAAUAAUUAUAACCCGUCAAAGAGAGUCAAAAGCAAGGAAGGGGCUAGUUCUUGGCGAGAUGGUAAAUCAAAGUUUGAAUAUCUACUAGAUGCAGUGGCCUUUUUUACUGCAUAUGAAGAGGAUUACCUACAAAAAAGAAUAGAUGAACUUGAUGGAUUGCCAAGGGAAUUUCAAGAAAAGAUCCAAGAAUUGAAUGGAUGCGAGGUGAAGUUUGUGACGCAGAAGAAACUUUUCAAAACAGACUUGAACCCACAGCACGCUCGCUUGUCGAUCCCACCCGCAAAGAUUGCCAACAGAUUUCUGACACCAACCGAGGAGUCUUCCUUAAACGAGCGCCGAGGUAAACACAAAAGGCUUUCUGGCAUGCCGGUGAUGGUGUUGGAUCCGUCUCUGAGAGAGUACAACAUGUGCUUCAAGAAGUGGGAAAUGACGAAAAGCUAUGUCUACAACUUGACCAUGGGAUGGAACCAGAUUGUGGGUGACAAUCAUCUCAAACUUGGUGAUACACUGCACCUCUGGUCCUUCAGACUCUCUUCUCAGCUCUGUUUCGCACUAGUCAAGGGAUCAUGA